GGCAGGCAUUUCGUAGUGUUUUAAGAGAAACAAGUGAUUUAGCUGGCCAAAGAGAAGUUAUUGCUGAAUCAUUACAAGGUCAAAUAAUACAAGGGAUCGCAUUAUUAUCAAAAAAUUUAAAAGAAGAAAGAAAAAAAAGUUUAACAGAAGGACAAAAUUUAAUGCAAAAUUUAUCAGCACAAAUAGGAUCAUUAGAAAGGGCAAAACGUAAUUAUGAAAAAGCAUAUCGUGAUUCAGAGAAAGCAAUUGAAAAUUAUCAAAAAGCUGAUGCUGAUUUUAAUCUUAGCCGGGCUGAGGUUGAAAAACAAAAACAUAAUAUGACAAUGAAAAUUCAACAAUCAGAUGAUGCAAAAAAUGAAUAUGCAAAUCAAUUACAAAAAACAAAUAAUUUACAACAACAACAUUUUGAUAUAUUAUUGCCAAAUGUAUUUAAUAGAUUACAAGAAAUUGAUGAGAAAAGAACACGUGGCAUGAAAGAAUUUAUAAAAGGUGCUGCUGAUGUUGAAUCAUCUGUUGCACCAAUUAUAGCUAGAUGUUUAGAAGGUAUUGUUAAAGCAGCUGAAUCAAUAAAUGAAAAAGAAGAUUCAGCGAAAGUAAUAGAAAGAUAUCAGUCAGGUUUUACACCACCAAAUGAUAUACCAUUUGAAGAUUUGUCUAAAUCCGAUCCAGACACAUCAAAUAAUCAUCAUUAUAGUAAUAUUCCAAUGAAUCAUUUAACAGUUAAGGGUACAAUGGGUGCUAAUAAAUUGAAAAAACGUGUAGGAAUUUUUGGAAUUUUCAGCAGUAAUAAGAUUCUUGAAGCCUGCAUAACAGUAAAGAAUUCAUUAUCAACGGAUGGAUCAAAGGAUGAUUAUAGUGAUUUACCACCAAAUCAACGUCGUAAAAAAUUACAAGCAAAAAUUCAAGAAUUACAACAAAAAAUAACACAAGAAACGGCCGCACGUGAUGGUCUCAUGAAAAUGAAAGUUGUAUAUGAAGCAAAUUCAAGUUUGGGCAAUCCAAUGACAGUUGAAGGUCAAUUAAAUGAAUCCGAAAAUAAAUUAGAUAAAUUAAAAUCCGAUUUGAAAAAAUAUCAAGGUUAUUUGGAGAAAGCAAAUAGUAUAAUGGUAAAUAAUAGUCCUCAAGCAAAUCGAAAUAUACAAAAUGGUCAUAGAGUAUCAAGACAUUCCAAUGGUAGCGGUGAAAACGAUGAAGGAGAAGAUCAUCCAGAUGAUGCAGGAAGUCUUAGCAGGUCAGGUUCUGAGGAUAAUGUGGCGCAAAUACAAAACGGGCUUAAUAUUAAUAAUAACGGUAGUUCAGCUAGUCCUGAAAGUGGUCUAGGAGCAUCACAUACAUCUUUACCGGGAAGCGGACAAGGUAGUGCGAAUGAAAAUAAUAUUGGAGAUGAUCAAUAUUAUGAACCUGAAGCAUUACAACCAUUGGGAACAUGUAGAGCAUUAUACGCAUUUGAAGCCACAAGUGAUGGUAGCAUUCCAAUGUCAGAAGGUGAAGAACUACAAGUGAUAGAAUUAGAUCAAGGUGAUGGAUGGACGAGAGUACGUCGUUUAAAUGGACCCAACGGAUGGGAGGAAGGCUUCGUACCAACUAGUUAUAUAGAGAGCACAUUAUUUGCAUAGAAAUAAAUAUAUAUAUAUAUAUUUUUUUUUUAUUAAGAUAAAAAAUAAUUAUAAGAAUUAUAUAAUGUAAUAUUUAAAAUACUUCAAGAAAAAAAAAAUUGUUUCAGGAUAUUAAAAAUAUAAGCGAGAUAGAGAACGUAAACAAAAAACAAAAGCAUAAACAAAAUGUUUAGAUUCCUUAAAUAUAAUCAAAAUUAAUUAAAAAAAAAAUAAAAACGAAUAAUGAAAAAAGCAAAAAAAAAAUAUUACAAAAUUAAUUACAAUAAGGAUUUAAAUAUAAAUUUAUAUUACUUUACAUGUUAAAUAAAUAAUAUGUAUGUGUACGACAGGACAUACUUGUAUUUACAUAAAAGAAAAAGUUAUAAAAGAAAAAAUGUAAAGUAAAUUUUUACUUAAAUUACUAAAAAAAAAAUUAUUCUCAAUAACAUUUUGAAUUCGAAAGAAAUUUUUGUUAUUAAUUUGGUUUCAUAAUUUUAUUGCUUUAAAAUUCAAUAUUUUAAAAUUAGAAGCUUUUAAUAUGCUGGACAUUUCAAUAUCAAAAGAAAUUCAUUUUCAAUAAUUGCAUUUAUUUCAUAAUUUAUUUUCAAAAUUAAAUAAAAAUAAAAAAAAAAGAAAUAUGUGUGUGUAUCCUGAACGAAAAUAUUAUUCUAAUCAUUUUAUAUUUUUCAUUUUAUGCCUUACGUUUUAUUAUUAAAAGAAGAAAAUAGAUAAAUUACUUAGUAGAUAAAUGAAGUUGGUAUUUUUUGUUUUAUAUAAAAUUACUUUUUUUUUUCUAUGUUAUUUUUUAUCAAAAUAUAUUUUGAAAAAUAUUCUGAUUUCAAUAUCAUAAUCUUCUCCUUUAUAAAUUAUUUUAGAUUGAAUUGAAAAUAAUAUCUGAAUGACAAAAAUCAAGAAUGAACUUAAGCUUGAUAAAAGCAUAAGGAAUAAUAUUUGUUUUAUAUGGUAAAAAUAAAAUUUUUGAAUUAUGUUAUAUUCAAUUAAUCAAUAUAAAUAUUAAGUAUACAAUACUUAAAUAAGAAUAUAAUUCCUAAUAUAACUUGUAAAUAAGAAGAACAAGUUUCGAUUCAAAAAGUUAUUACAAGAAAUUUACAAAGCUAAUAUUAAAUUUACUCAAAAACAAAAAAAAAAUCGUACUUAAAUUGGCAAGAUUUCUGUAAAAAUUGAAAGCAUGUUCGCAAAACAGCUAUUGAAUAGUUGGUUUAGAUAAAUCAAUUUACAAUCGAUUAAAAAUUAGAAAAAAGUAAUGAGCAAAAACAAUUUUUAUUUAAAUUUUAAUUACAAAUUAAAUAAAAAUUUAAUUUAUUAAUUUAAUAAUAAUUAAUAUUAUUAAUUUAUUAUUAUUAAAUUAAUUUACUAGUAAUUUAAUAUAAAACUUCUUUAAAUGUUACUAACAGAUCUAUAAUUUUCUGAAAUGUAGUCAUUUGUCUUUUCGAUGGUCGAUAUUCUUGUUCGCCAUUUUUUCUGUUGUCCCCAACUUCGAUAUUUUCUGUUUCGCUACCUCCAUUCUCUUGUCUACUGUACCUCGAAAAACGAUCCCUAUCGUAUCUGGAUAUAUCUAUAUACUGUAAUCUAACGCUACUACAUUCUAUACUGUCAUCGCGGUUUUCUAAUUACUUUUCACUCCUUCUAGUUAUUUUUCCUCCUUAACCAUCUCAAGAUUGAGGCUCUUACCCUUCAAAGUCCCCCUCCAACAUACUCUUUUUCUACAACCUUUAAUUACCAGAAUCUGACUGGAAGACAUUAGCUCCUACAACAUAGUUGACUAUAUUAAUUACUUGCUGAUCGUCUAUCCUCGCUCUAGAAUUUUCAUAUAUCAUUUGACCGGGGUCAGUCAUGAUUAAUUGUUCAUAUCGCGGCCUUAAACUAAUACCCACGUAUAACGGUAGAUAGGUAGCGUAACUUUGAAUUUUUUAAUUUUUUAAUUUGUUGCUAAAUAUUUGUUACAGACCUUAUAAAUUAAUUAAAGUAUUCAAUAAAAUUAUAUGAAAAAAAAAGUAAUUUUUUUUAAAACAAAAAAAAAAUAAAGAAAAUUACAAAAUUUUUAACUACUUCAAUAAUAAUAUUUCUUUAGCUUUAUAAAUAAAUAAAAUAAAAUAAAUAAAUAAAUAAAUAAAUUUUAAGCUGUGAAUUAUUAAUUUUUUUUUAAUGUAUUAUUAUUUUUAAUUUUCUUUCUUUAUACAAUAUAAAUUAUAUAAAAAAAAAUAAAAAAAAAAAAAACGCAUAUUUAUAAAUUAAUGUAAAAUAUAAUUCGUAAUAAUAUUAAUUAAUAACAUAUAAAUAUAUGAAAAAACAAGGAAAAAAUUAAAAACAUAAUUUUUGUAUUGUUACUUUAAAAAAAAAAAAAUUUUUUAAUGCGCUUCUAAAAAUAAAUUUAACAUUUAUAAAUUAAAAAUUAAUCUAACAAAAAAAAAAAUCAAAUAUUUAUAAUAUAAAUAUUUCAUUUAAAAAAGCAAACAAACAAAAAAAUCUAAGUAAAAAAAAAAUAAAACUAAAAAACGACAAAAAAUAAAAUUAAAUUAAAUAAUAAAAAAAAUAUUUAUAGUUAGUAAUCAAAAUAAAAUUUAAGGUAUAUGAUAUAAAAAAUAAAUUAAUAGAAAAUAACAAAAUAUAAAAGAAAAAUAAAAAUGUAACAAACUCAUGGGUUACUUUAAUUUUAAGCUAAUAUUAAAUAUUAACUAAAUAUAGAUGUAUAUUCGAAAUUAUAAUAUUCAUUAUAGCUUAUUAUAAUAAAAAAUAUUAAUAUAAUAAAAAUAAAUUUUUUUAACAUAAUAUCUUAAAAAUAUUUUCGUUUACAUUUUUACAUAAUUUAUGCAAAUAUCAUCCAUCACAAUUAUUGGUAUGAUCAUGAUCAUCGAUGGCAGUAUGACCAGAGAAAAUAUUAUAUAAAAUCAAAAAAUAAAAUAUAAAGAUCGAAAAAUUUUAAUUCCAUUAUUACGAUAAAAUAAAAAUUAAAAGAAAAUAAAAGUACGUAAAACAAAAAUAUAAAUGAAAAAAAAAAUAAAUAAAUCAAAAAUUUAAAACGAAAUCCAUUUCUUCACGAUUCAAUUAAAUUAAAAUUAAUUUGUUUAGUGUAAACGCUUUAUUAUCCACACAUAUUGUCAAAGACAAAGUAAUAAUCAUUUGAAAUAAUGGCAUACUAUUCAAAAUUAUUAAAGUUUAUAGUAAUGCGAGCUCAAAUUUUAAAAUUGAUUUUAUUCUUGAAACUAUAAAACUUUUGAAUAAUAUUCCAUAAUUUCGGGUAUUUAAAUUAUCUAUAAUUUUUUGUUUCUUCUUUCAGUAAAAUAAAAAAUUUCAUUAAAAUGAAAAAUUAAUUGACCAUAAGUAUUUUAUUUAAAUAAAAUAUUAUAAAUUUAUAAAUGACCACCCAAAUAACAAUAUGAUAAUCAGAAACCUUAAAGAAACCUAUUAAGUAGGAGACAAAAUUGUAUUGAUAUUAAUAAAAGAAAAUUUUAAUAUUCGAAAA